AUGGGGCUUUGCAGAAGCAAACACAAGUCCCGGGAAGAUGCGGAGCAAGAGGGGUGCACCUCCUCAGGCCCAAAGCCUAAGGAGAGGUGGAUGGAGAGGUAUUCCCAGGACUCUGAGAAGCCUCCAGACACUAAGCCUGCGGGCUUCUCUCGACUUUCUAAAUACCUGGAUGCUUCCUUCCUUCUAGAGAAACCUGACAGAAAGGUAAAGUCGACGAAGAAACUUGUUAUUCCAAAGAUCAUCAUCACUGGAGCCUCAAAUGAGACUCUGACCAGCUACAAUUCCACUGGAUGGGAAGAGCAGAGAACCAUUGAGGAGAGGAGAGUUUGUGGCCCCUACGCCCAGCACAGGAACCCCAGUACAGUAGAUGCCUAUGCUUCAGACCAAAGCAUAAAGGAGCAUCCCAAGUAG